CUUAUUCAAUAAAUAUUAGCUGAUACUGAGGACGAAAAAAAAGAAACAGUAUCACAGGCUGUUUCAGUUCAUUUACCCAGGAGACCGACUACAACUGCAGCAGGGGAGCAGAGUCCAGAUGUCAGAGAAUAGGGGAGGGGCCAGGAGCCAGCGAGGCCAGCGCUGGGGCAGAGACGAGGCCCAGGAAUUCGGAAACGCGCGUGCGCAGGACCCCUCCUCCCAGGGCAUCGUUCAACGCAACGCGCAUGCUCGCCGAAGGGCCGCUGCGCUUCCCGGGGUUCACCCGCCCGGGAAUCAGUAAAUGGCGCGGAAGGAGGGAAAGUUGACUCUCGGGUCUCUAGAGCCGCUGGGGCGAUGAGCGGCGACUUCCGGAAGGCGGAGUCAGGGACCGAGCUACUUGCUCGACUUGAAGGUAGAAGUUCCCUGAAAGAAAUAGAACCUUUUUUGUUUGCUGAUGAAGGCUCUCCUAUCCAUGGUGACAUACUUGAAUUCCAUGGUCCAGAAGGAACAGGAAAAACAGAAAUGCUCUAUCAUCUGACUGCAAGAUGUAUCCUUCCAAAAUCAGAAGGCGGAUUAGAAGUCGAAGUCUUAUUUAUUGACACAGAUUACCACUUUGAUAUGCUUCGGCUAGUUACAAUUCUUGAACAUAGACUGUCCCAAAGCACAGAAGAUAUAAUAAAACACUGUCUUGGAAGAUUUUUUCUCGUAAAUUGCAGCAGCAGUAAUCAAUUACUUAUCACCCUUUACUCAUUGGAAACUAUGUUUUGUAGCCACCCAUCCCUCUGCCUUUUCAUUUUAGAUAGUUUAUCAGCCUUCUAUUGGAUAGACCGGGUCAAUGGAGGAGAAAGCCUUCACUUACAAGAGGUUACUUUGAAAAAAUGUUCAAAAUUCAUGGAGAAGCUUGUAAAAGAAUAUCACUUGGUUCUCUUUGCAACAACACAAACUAUAAUGCAAAAAAGUUCAAAUUCAACAGAAAGAUCAUCUUCCUUAAAACUUUCUUGUGAAGAAGUAGAUAUAGACUACAGACCCUAUCUUUGUAAGUCAUGGCAACAAAUAGUAAACCAUAGAAUAUUUUUUUCCAAACAUGAUAAUUCUGAAAGCAACAACCAAAUGUUUUCAAUAGUGUCAUGUCAUCUAAAAAGCAACAAUCUAAUAAAGCGUUUAUUUACUAUUGGAGAAAGUGGAAUUCAUUUUUGUUAAUCUAUAUCAGAAAUAGUCUACAUGCAGGUAUUGAGUUGAAGUAUUUAAAAAUGUUUUCCCCUUGAUGAUAAUGCUUUGAUGAUAUAUCAACAUUUCUGAAUUUUAAAGACUAAAAAGGUUAACAUCGAUGUUUCUAUAUAAAUUGCAGUGUUUCUUAAGCGUGAAUUUCAGGCAUAAGAAAAUACAUUUUAUGUUCUUAGGUUAUCAUGGGCUAAAUAACAAUAUCAGUGCUUUGAUGUUGAUUAAAAUCUAUGCAAAAGAAGUGUAUUUCAGUUUAAAUAAAAGAUUUUAUAAUUUUGUAUCAUAUCUUUGGAUGUUUAAGUAAUCAUAAUCUUAAACUCAGUUGUGAUCCCAAUUUACUGUAUUCUUUUAGAAAAGUAUAAAUUUAUAAAAUAUUGAAAUAAAACCAUUUGUAUAUGUGUACUUUAAAUAGUAUUGUUAUAUAAUGAAUGUUAUUAAUCAGCUACCUACUUGCUUUAUAAUUGCUUAGAAUACCAUAUAGAUAAAGGGAUGCUUAAAAUAUCUAUUUUAAAUAAGUAAAGUAAGGUUAAGUAAGAGUAGAUAGAUAGAAAGUAGAUCCAGGUCCUUACUAUACUGUGUAAUUUCUUUUUAAGUAUAUCUAUUAUAACCAUAGUUAUAAAAGGUACCCCAUGUGAUAUUUGCUUUUUAUCUUGUUACUGCUGUUCACAGGUUAAUAUAACUAUUGACCUAAUUGUAAAAGAGCAUAUAUUACUGGUCUUUUCAUAAACUGUAGACUAAUCAGACUAACCUGAGCUCUGCUGCUCUUUUUAGGAUAACUGAACUACUUGUUGUAGUUCAUGUGGGAUCAAAAACACGGAGGGAAUUGUGAUUUGAAACAUACUUACUUGAACCAUCCCUUAGCAAUAAGAUUAGACCUAAGGGCUUUAUUUUACUUUUGGAAUUUGUAUUGUUAUAAUUUUGACUUUGAACAUGUCAUGGGAUUUUUCCAUUUCUGCCAUCUAGAAUAAAAGGCAUUGUUUAGAUAGAUAAAGCAAUUUUAUUAAGCAGCUAUUAUUAUGUGGCAUUGUACCACAAAUUUAUGUCUUAUUCUUCAGGAAUUAGUGAUAAGAUGAACUUUUCUGUUAACUUACAAAUUAUCAUCAGUUGUAUAACUACUAGUAUCAAUACACCUAUCAAUGACUUGAAAUCAUAAUAAAUGUUUGUUAUGUGA